GGGAUGAGCCGAGCGCCAGCGGCCGUUAUUACCUGCUAGACAUCCAUCUACUGGCCGGCGGCUGCUUUUCGCCACUGCGAGGGAUUAGUUAUCUCCGACCUCUCCAUUUAAUACAGUUGGGGGCGUGAGCUCGCCGGCUCUGCGCUCCGUCCUCCCCCCUUCACAGGUACGUUACUCGGCGGAGAAAGCGCCUCGGGGGAAACUCUGCGGCAGGUUUCUUCUCAGAAAGGCAGGAAAGCGCCAAGACCCGCUUCAGAUUCAGACCCAGACCAUCCCCGUGCAAGCGCUCCCUUCUCCGUUGUGCUACGGAUUUGAAGAGCUGAGUUUUAUUUUGGUUCAGUUCUUCCCCCCCCCCCCUCCCUCCCCCUUUGCACUCUUCGCUUCCAUCCCGCCGUUAUAAGUGAGGCUGGAAGCAACGACAAAAGGAGGGGAGGCCCGAGCCCAAGGAGAGGUCCGGCACAAGUUAACAAAGGUGUUGUAAUUGAUCUGUCUGGGACGUCGAGAGGCGGCGCCUGACGGUGGAAGAGAGAGGACGAGUGCAGGAAAACUGGGUCAACGCUAUCCAGGCAUAACUGCUUCAUAUCGGAGCUAUCUCCCAAGAUACACACAUCCUUGGUGCAAAAGGUUUGCCAACCGUCUGCCUUGACCAGUUGUGGAUCAAAUGCUCUUGUGUUUCACAAAAAUCUUGUUACCUCUAGAACAAGUGGCACAUGGAGCAAAGUCCAAGUAAUCAGACAUCAAAAGCAACAAUGCAGGAGCCACACGAGCUGGUGGCGGAAACGGUGACUGUUGAGGAGGACCCGGGCACUCCCACUUCCCACGUGUCCGUGGUGACAUCAGACGAUGGAACGACAAGGCGAACCGAAACCAAGGUCACUAAAGUGGUUAAAACUGUGACCACGCGAACAGUACGCCAGGUACCGCUUGGUCCAGAUGGUUUGCCCAUGGAGGGUUCGUCCCCUGCAGGCAGUUGUACAGACUCCAUCGAUAGAAGAUACAUGAAGAAUGGGGAUCGUUACAUUACUCCACAGGCCAAUUCCACUCUGAGUAGAGUCUACAACAGUUAUCCAGAUUCGUACGAUAAUCAUCAUGACUUGUAUCGGUCCUACACUGGCCAGGAUGGGUUUGCCGAUGUAUCUGAUAACUACGGGAGCUUGUCGCGAGGAGUCCACUACCGGCCUCGCUACGCCUACAUGCCACGUGACAACUACAGGCCAGAGGAAAGUUACACGCUGCCGAGUAGAAACAAAUACCCGAUCGCCCAGCCGCAAGUGCAGCCGGACGGCACCCUGGACAUGAAUCGAUCCCAACCAGAGCGUUUCCAGCCAGAGCCGUAUGGACUGGAAGAUGACCACAGAAGUCUCGGACCUGACGAUGAUGGGUACGAACUAGACGGGGAGCCUGAUUACUCCACGGCUGGUCGAAGGGCACCCCCAAGGGCCAACGGAAGGAGACCAAGGAGAGGCUUUGAAGAUCCGAUUGAAGCUGAAAUCAUAGAUGACAGGAUGCCGUAUUUGACCGGGGUGUACAACGCCCCACUCGCUCAGCCGGAGAGGGGCAGCAUGGCCAGCCUGGAUCGGCUUGGCAGACGCUCGCCAUCCAUAGACAGUAUCCGCAAGGACCCCAGGUGGCGCGAUCCCGAUCUCCCGGAGGUCAUCGCGAUGCUCAGCCAUCACCUCGACCCCGUCAAAUCAAACGCCGCAGCCUAUCUGCAGCACCUGUGUUACGAGAACGACAAAAUCAAGAAGGAAGUGAGGCAGCUGAAGGGCAUCCCCAUUUUGGUCGGACUUCUGGAUCACCCGAAACCAGACGUCCAUCGCCGGGCCUGCGGUGCCCUGAGGAACAUCUCUUACGGCAAGGACCACGACAGCAAAGUUGCAAUCAAGAAUUGCGAUGGGAUUCCUGCCCUGGUCCGGUUGCUACGGAAAACGAACGACAUGGAAGUGAGAGAACUAAUUACAGGUACACUGUGGAACUUGUCUUCCUACGAGCCGCUGAAAAUUGUGAUCAUUAAUCACGGGCUUCAGACUCUAACGAAUGAGGUCAUCAUCCCUCACUCAGGCUGGGAGAACGAACCCAACGAAGAUUCCAAACCACGUGAUGCUGAGUGGACAACAGUCUUCAAAAACACGUCAGGAUGUCUGAGGAAUGUGAGCUCUGAUGGAAGCGAUGCUCGUCGCAGGCUUCGGGAAUGCGAGGGCCUUGUUGACGCGCUGCUGCACGCACUGCAGUCAGCGGUGGGCAAGAAGGACAUGGAUCGCAAGUCAGUGGAGAAUUGUGUGUGUAUUAUGAGGAACCUCUCCUAUCAAGUACACAGGGAGGUUCCAGGAGCUGAUAAAUUCAGAGAACCAACAGCUGAUCAGCAACCGGGAGGAGGGGGUGCUCACAAGAAAAAGAAAGACGACUCUGGCUGCUUUGGUGGAAAGAAGGCGAAAGGCAAAAGGAAUGUGGACACUGACAAGAACUUUGAUACUCUGGAUUUGCCAAAACGUAUAGAACCAGUGAAAGGCUACGAGCUGUUGUACCAACCCGAGGUGGUGCGUCUCUACCUGUCCUUGCUCACGGAAAGUCGAAAUUACAACACGUUGGAGGCGGCGGCAGGAGCUCUGCAGAACCUCAGCGCUGGGCAGUGGACAUGGUCCAACUACAUUCGUUCGACUGUGCGGAAAGAGAAAGGUCUCCCCAUCUUGGUGGAGCUGUUGCGAUCAGACUCUGACAAAGUUGUGCGAGCCGUGGCCAUCGCCUUGCGAAAUCUCUCUGUGGACGGCCGCAACAAGGACCUCAUAGGUAAUUAUGCCAUGCAUGACCUGGUGAGCAACCUGACCAGUGGACAACAAAGACCUGCCAAGAACCUCGAAGAAGAUACAAUAGUCGCAAUCCUCAACACUAUCCAUGAAAUUGUAACCGACAGUUCAUCAAAUGCUCGAUCCCUCAUUCAGGCACAGGGCAUCGAAAAGCUUGUGGCAAUCAACAAAUCAAGCCAGUCAGUGAGGGAGAUGAAGGCUGCAGCCCAUGUCUUGCAAACUGUGUGGAGCUACAAGGAGUUGAGGAAUCCUUUGCAUAAAGAAGGUUGGAACAAGUCCCACUUUCAGCCAAAUGUCCCUACACUUCCCAAAGGAGCUAAACCUGGUGGCAAAUCCAGUGGCUAUGAUGACAGCACCUUGCCAUUAAUUGAAAGGAACCAGAAAGAUGGUAACAAAUGGUCUGGUGAAAUGAUACCCAUGGAGCAGUUUGGGCCAGAUACGUAUUCUACUUUGGACCAGAAGGAGAAAGAGCGCAAAUAUAAAACCACGGAUAUUUCUGGGGACGCGUAUGACCGUCAGCCACUGCGGAAUGAUACAAAUAAGAGAGACAUUGACAGGAUUAAUAGGGCCUCAGUGAAUCUUGUGGAUGCCCAUGACACUAAACCUCAACCCGUUGACUCCUGGGUCUAAGUGCAAACAUGGCAUGAAAAGCAGCUGUCACGCAACAUCAUAGAGGAUCUCCUUGUUCACCAUUGCCGUUCAAUUUGGAAGACUUCAUUUCACUGAAGCUAUCGACUUAAUUGACAGAAGAACAGACAAUUCCCAAUGUUCCUAUUUUAAAAUGCAACAUGUUUCCAGGGGUACAAAGGGCAGGGGACGGGAUGGGAUGGGCGAAUCUGAGGUUGCAAAUCAGUCUCCACAAACGUGAAAGCCCAGGGCCAAAGCUGAGCUUUAGUGUGGCUGGCUGCGUUAAUCUUCAAGAGGGUAAGGUGAAAGAAAGUUGAUGAGAGAAAGUGGUAUGGAGAAGAGAACAGAAGCCAAGAGGGUGUUUCUUUUUUAAAAAAAAAUAACUUUUCAAUGUUUUUCGGAACUAGGUUCAGAAUAAUGUUUCCAGAAUUGAAACCGUUUACCAUAACUUUGCUAGGACUUGGAUUUUGACAUGAUAAAAUCAGGUCUAAAUAUGUGUUCAUUUGAUGAUGGCAUUUUACUCUGAGUGAAGGUAAUGAAGAUGGAAGGAAGGAGCAAGUCGAUGCACGAGAUGAGAAAGCUUUGAAGUUAAAUCACCCGAGUUACUUAAGUCUACAACCACCGCUAGAUUUAUUGAAUCAUUUUUGUGUGUGUGUGUGUGUGUGUGUGUG